AUGAUAGGUUUUGUGUUAACAUUAUUUGCUAGUUUAUAUAUAUGUGAUAGUGCCAAAAUAAACACUCCAAGAGUCCUCUUACCUUGGUUUGAAAAUUUGUACGUAAAUUUUACUUUCGAAAUCAUUGAAGGAGGCUGUUAUAAAUGGAGUUUGUCUCGCGAUGACAUCAUCGAUCUUGAAGCCCUUUACGAUGAUACUUGGGGUCACUGUUCUCGAGCUGCUCGAGUUACAGUCUCUAAAACAUGUAUACCACCCGGAUCAGUUAUUAUUUUAGCUGAAGAAGUGAAUACCGGCGAGAUACUGCGAGGUGAUGUUGAUAUUGAUCAGAUAAGUUUAUUGAAAGUAGCAAGCACAACUUGGAAGUUGUUUUUGGAAGAGGCACCGGAAGCUUUUGAAGUUGUAGCUUAUGAUGACCAAGGGAACAAAUUUUCAUCACUUGAAGGAAUCAGUUUUACUUGGACUAUUCAGAACCUUGGCAAGAACUAUGGAGAAGAUCCUUUAGUCACACUAGUUCGUUGGCAUGAUACAGACUACGAAGCUCCACCAGGCAUAACAGAAUUGGAAUCAAAGGGUCUAAGAUCACAUUCAGUGCUCCUGUAUGGGCAGGCAAUGGGAGAGUGCCAGGUGACAGUUUGCAUUGGGAAUAUAUGCACAGACUUUAAUUUGCAAGUUGUUGCUAGUGUUGUAUUAUACCCUGCUACUGCUGUUGUUGCCCCUGGUGACACAUUGCGAUACAAAGUUGUAAGAAUGCGUGCAGGCAAGCUCACUGUACAAAAUGUUGUAGACACAUUAUACAGUUUAAGAUUGCCAGAAAAUAGUAUUGCAAAACUUGAGGACGCUAUAAGCUUGGUGAGAGGCACUGAUAUUGGUUCCACCACUGUCUUAUUAAUGUCAGGAACAACUGAAGUAGCUACUGCUUUAUUAACUGUGGCUGAACCACACAGCAUUAGAGUUACUCUGAGGCCAGCAAACUUAGUUGUGUAUGUGGAAGGAGAAGCUAAUAUUGAUUUAUUAAGAUCAACCGAGAAUGGUACAAUAACUCAUGCAGUGGCUCAGAAUGAAGGGCCAUUUACAGUAACAGCAAAAUUGUACUCCAUUGCUGGUAGAACAUUAAUGACAAAGGUGGAAGGAGAGGUGUCAGCAAUUGCAGUAGAGCCAUUAGAAAUUGUACCACCAGAACUAUUCAUUGCUUGGAGUGAUAGCCCUCAGGAAAUAAAACUGAAACAUCGCGGCGGGGGUGACGAACCAGUGACAUGGUCUGAAAGUGAAACGGUGCUGCAAUCACAUGCUGCUUUCUCGCUCACAACUACGGGCGUUGCUACCGUGCGUGGUGUUGGUCAAUUGGACGUCAAAGUACACUUGAAGAAGUACCCACACGUCCAUGCUAAUGGCAGGAUCUGGUCUGCGGUACCAGAAUUAGUCCAAGUAUCAAGUUCAGGUCACGCACGUAUCGGCAGACCACAUCACUUACACAUUGCCUUAACUGCCACUCAUCCUUCUACUGGGGAGCUAUACAAUUUCCAAAUAUGUAAUUGCGCAUCCUUCGCCGUUUCCUUGCUUGAGGGUCCCGAACCACAGAAUGUGACAGCAGCUACGUGGGUGCAGCCUGUAGAGGGCGCGUGCUGCGUGCUGGAGUGCGUGUGGGGCGCGCGCGGCGUGUCGCUGGUGCGGGUGUCGCGGGGGCGCGCGGGGGAUGCGGCGCGGGUGGCGGUGCGCGCCGCGCCACGUCUGCACUGGCCGCCGCACGCCGCCGCACUGCUCUCCGCCACCGCGCCGGUGCUAGCUGAGGGAGAAGCUCUAAUUCCAUCGUCGAGCGACUCGCGUGUCGCAGACCUUGUAUACCGAGACGGGCCGUCGCCUCAUAAACAUCCAGAGUUACAACUGUUCACCUUCAAGUGCCGUAGAAAAGGCGAUGCCCGACUGGAAAUAGCGUCUCAGUCUGAUGAUGAGCGUGAAUCAGUGGAGUUAGAGGUGGCUUGCGCCCCGCACGUGUCCAGGAUACGUUUGGAGCCGCCUGCCAGCCCAGGCAACUGUUCGGGAGGGCCAAAGUUAUGGCUACGUCCAGGUCAAGAGGUUAUUGUAAAGGUGACCUUAAUGGAUGCAAUCGGACGAGAACUAUUAGACGAGCAUGGUCCAAGAGUGACAUGGGAAGUUGAACCGCAUCACGCGGGGAUAGAGUUCAAAGCUGUUGAUCGACUGUUUGUCGAAACUGAUCCAGAAUAUGCGCCAGUUCCUGUGCCGCAUAAGUAUUACCAGUUGGUGGUGGCUGACAAUCAAGCUAUAGGAUGGUCGGGCACAAUUAAAGCCAGCAUUCCAGAGGCGUCGGCGUCUAUUCAAGCAAGAGUUGUAGCACCGUUGCAAUGCGAUCCCACGAAGGUGAGCGUCGCGUGGGAGGGCGAGACGGCGGCCGGCGUGGCGGCGGUGAGCGGCGGCAGCGGCCGCUACGGCGUGCAGGCGGCCAAGGGCGUCGCCGCCGCCGUGGAGGGCGGCGCGCUCGUCGUGGCCGCGCCCGCGCCCGGCAACUACGACCUGCUGGUGGCCGACCUGUGCGUGCACGGGGAGCGGCAGCUCGUCGAGGUGAACGUCGAAGAGGUGGUCAGCGUGGAGGUGGUGGCGGCGCGCGCGGUGCCCGUGGGCGGGUGCGUGCCCAUAAGCGCAGUCGCGAGGGGCGUGUCGCGGCGCUACCUCGGCGCCUCGCGGCCGCCGGAGUGGCGCGCCGCAGGCCACGUGGCGGUCAGAGACGGCCAGCUGUGCGGCCUCGCCGAGGGCGGCGGCCGCGUGCGCGCCUCGCUUGCCGGCCUCUGGAGCCCCGACCUCGAGGUGGUUGUGUUCCCGGCGCUCCGCGUGGUCCCGGAGAGGGCGCGGCUGCCGCCCGGCGCCAGGCUCCAGCUGCGGCACGCGGGCGGGCCCCCCUCGCACCUCGCCGACCUGCACUACCACCUCGCCCCGCCCUCCCCCUCCGCCUCGGCCCCCGCCCGUCUCGACGUGUCAUCGACUGGUUUAGUGCAUGGACUUUCAAUGGGAACUGCUCGUGUAAGGCUCGUGGCGACCGACAUAGCUAACGUCGAAAUGGCCAGUGCAGAAGCGGAAAUUGAGGUUGUUCCAAUUUCUGGUCUCCGAGUACGGGCGUCGACGCAGACCCUGCUUGUUGGGUCGCCUACCCCAGUGUGGGUGGAAGCAUCCGGGCUGACUGCGGCUGCGUUGUCCGCCGUGCAGCCGCCGCCGCGCGUUUCCUGGACGAUUCGAGACGCGACCAUCGCGAGACUUUACACUGGACACGUGGAUGAUUUGCUGGAGAGGUCCGUUGCAGAAGGGCUGUCUGUGAGGGUGGUGCCAUUAAAACCGGGUGUCAUAACAAUUGAUGUGCGAGUUCGAAAUAUGGGACAGGUAGCCGAGACCCGAUCGUGGGACAGCACCAUCGAGAUCCUCGGCGUUUCGGACAUCCGAGCAUCCGUCGAGGGCCGGCCGGGCGAGCUGGCCGCCGGGGGCCGGCUGGCCGUGGCGGUGGGCGCCUCGCUGCGGCUGAAAUCGCUGCCCAGAUGCGCCUGGGCCUCGUACGGCGAGGGCGUCCAAAUCACCCCCGACGGCGAACUGACAGCCCUGAGGCCCGGCCACGGGGUGCUGGUCGCCCAGCACAAGGACGAAAGGAACAACAUAUAUAGGGAAACCAUCGUCCACGUGGAGGCGUCGGUGCCCCGCUACUGCACCGCGGAGCCGUCGGGCGAAGCGGACGACGCCGCGCUGCGGCUGGUGCUGCGGAACAAUCUAGGGAGGGCGCUGCUCGCACCGGAAGCGAACGUGUCCGUAGCGUCGCCCGUUUCGACGCACAUCAGACGUGCCGCUAGCAGCGUGACAGGCAGCGAAAUAAUAUUUACCGGGUUGGAUGCUUUGGGAGUUUUCACCAAAUUCCAGGCUACCGCAAGUGGAGUCACCGUCACGGACGAGGUUAUGGUCGUCGGCUCUGAAUCCUACGCCAAUCGAAUUGUUGCCGGCGGCAGCUGGGCGGUGUGCCUGGAGGGGGUCGGAUGGCGCUCCGCCGGCGGCGUGGGGCUCCAUCCCGGCAACGGCGUCACCUUGGCGGUGCUGCUGCGCGACGCCCCCGCCCGCCACUCGCUGCGCCAGGAGCGGCCGCCCGCCGCCCUCACCAUACACCAGGCGCCCCUCGACAAGAUGGAGUUUCUUCCCGGGGAGUGGCCUUCAUCAAUGGUCCCAUUAGCCUUCGAGGCAACUGGCCUAACUUCAGGCCCAUUACUGUGUACUGAAGAGCAGAAAUAUGCAUUGGAGGGAAUAGAAGUGGAGCUUCCUUAUAUAUGCCGUACUAAAGCUCCAUAUACAGCUCAGCCUGUGCUUGACAUACCUAAUGGCCAGCUGGGUUGCUCAAUAAUACCGGCGACGCCUAUAGUUGAGCCGUCAGAAAUAGAGUUGUGCGCCGAAUGGGGUGCAAAGAGGACCUGCACGAGGGUCCAACUGCUGCCGCCAAUACGGGUGUCGAGUAACAAGGUGUCCUUGGCUGAAUCGCCGGCUGCAUUCACCGUAACGGGCCACCACCAGGCGCUGAAACUGGUCAAGCUGACCACAUCGCCCGGAUUGAAGCUUGACGUGUCGUCGAAAGACGGUGAAAUAACCGUUACCGUUAAAAGCGAAACAACCGUGUGCGGUGUUGGACUUGUGCACGUCAUCUCAAGGUUGACAGCGCAAGACGUCACCGUUGAAGUGGAGAUGGAGUGCGAUAUCGGUUGCGGGACGCUGCUCGGCGCCAUUUUCUCGCUGCUAAAGCCGUAUUUGCCCUCGUUAAUGACGAUUGUCGCCAUCGCAGCCGCAUAUCUGUAUGUACAACAGCGGCUGCAGCGCAAGGGCCAGAUCCGCUUGCCGGAGGCGCCGCCAUCGCAGAGCGUGCUGCCGCCGCAGUCGCCGGCAGCGCAGCCCCGCGCCCGCACGUGGUCGCGCAGCCCGUACUCCACCAACGGGCCCAACAUGCCCAACAUGCCCGUCUACGGCGAUGCGAGCGUGCUGCCCGACAACAGUUUCUCCCCGAACACCACCCGAAUGCACUCGAGAUUCCUA